AUGACGCCUACCCUCGGCCGCUGGUGGCUUGCUGCCCGUGGCUACUCAACCGCUGCGCCGGCAAAGACCCGCCUGAAGAAGACCCUGAGUCUCGACCAUUUCCUCCAGCGCGGCCGCGUCCUGUCCCUCUACCGCACCAUCCUCCGCGGCACGGCUCACAUUUCUGAUCCCUCGACAAAGGCCGAGUCUCGUCGCUAUGCCCGCGGCGAAUUUGAGCGCCACCGCCACGUCACGGACAUUGUAAGUCUACACCACGAUAGAGCUCGCCUGCUUGUUUCUGUGAACCUGAGACUAAACCCGCAGGGACACAUCCGCUAUCUGCUCUCCACGGGCAAGGUUGAGUGGGACAGCAUGGGCCGCUACGUAGAGGGACUGUAA